GUGUGUGUGUAUGUGAGGUUAAAGGAGACAGAGAGGGAAGCUGUGGAGGAGAAGCUCAGCAGUGUCGCUCUGCCAGCCAGGCAGGACAGUGUGACAGAGGAGGAGAGGGGAGAAGGAAUUAGGCUCUGCUGCAAACAGGGGAUGCAGAGACGAGUUGAUGCUGCAGCACAUGACAGAGAAAAGGGAGGGUGAGGAAACCUGGGGAUGAUUCGUUGCUGGGAGCAGACCUGAGGACGAGGCCAAGAUCAAGCUCCCCGCUUUGGCCCAUGAUCUUCACCUUCACCAUCACUUUGGCUCCAUGCUUAUGGUGGAAAUCAGGAGCCGGGAUGGAGAGCACGAGAGGCAGAGACCAGACUAGCUGCCGCCCCCAACCUGUAAUCUACAGACGUACGACUGCACUAGCAUCAGCUGCUGGCUGAGCACCUCUGAUCACAUCUCAGCUGGGGGGCUUCAUGCCCUGGGACAGUCCUGGGAGAUAGAGGGAGGAGGUGGUGGUGGAUGAGGAGGAGGAGGAGCAGGCAGUGGGGAGGCUGGCUCAGAGAAGUGGUGGAGGGUGGUGGUUAAAGCUGCCUGCUGUAUUUUUGGAUGUGGGAUCUCCUGAAUUAAGCAAGCAAGCUGGAAUAAAGAUGUAGUGUGAGCUGGUGGAAGGAGGGGUACAGAACAAGGAGAGUGCUGUGCUGAGGAGAGGAGAGGGCUGGACGUCCCGGCUCAACGGACGGACCAGGCGGACGGAGAUCUGGGGGGAGUCCUAAGGGGGAGACCAACACGGAGGGUCCACUGGAUCAGGAAGUGGGACAUUUGGAGUUAUCUGCAUCCUGGAUCGUUUGUAAAAUGAUGACUUGGUGGGCCUGGACAUCUUUUCCAUCAAACAUGGAUCCUAAUCUGUAUCUGGAUGUAGACUUGAACCACAUCUAUACAGGUUAAGUGAAUGUGACCAGCAUCACUGCAGAAUCACUCUGGAUGUGUGGGUGAAUUAAAAAGCCACGGCAUCAGCACUGCGUUCCACCGCAUCAGAAAUGUGACUUUUUUCCAGAGGGACUGAAUCACACUGAAGAUUAUAAGAUGCCCUCUCGCUGCAGGAAUGCGCUGAACAUCGUGGUCACCACCCUUUUUGCUGCGGUGGUCCUCUUCACCAUCCUGCUGGCCUAUGUCACAGGCUACCAGUUCAUCCACACUGAGCAGCACCACCUCUCCUUCGGCCUCUAUGGUGCCUUCCUCUCCCUCCAUCUCUUCCUCCAGAGCCUCUUUGCCUUCCUGGAGCAUCGACAGAUGAGGAGCCCCUCCCGGCCCCAGCACCUCCGUCGCUCUGUGGCUCUCUGCAUUGCCGCCUUCCAAGAGGACCCAGACUACUUGAGGAAGUGCCUGCGCAGUGUCCGCCGAAUCUCCUUCCCUGGCCUGAAGGUGGUGCUGGUGGUGGAUGGGAACCGGCCUGAGGACCGCUACAUGGUGGACAUUUUCCAAGAGGUGAUGGGCGGGGCUGACCAGGCUGGCAGUAUGGUGUGGAAGGGAAACUACCACAGUGAUGGGAGCGGUGGAGGAGGAGUCGGAGGUGGAGGGAGGAGCACGGUGCACAUGGAGGAGGCAGCACGAGUGGCUCGGCUGGUCAGAGGCUGCCGCUACUCUUGCAUCAUGCAGGAGUGGGGAGGGAAAAGAGAAGUGAUGUACACUGCCUUUAAAGCACUGGGGGACAGUGUGGAUUAUGUGCAGGUGUGUGACUCAGACACAGUUCUUGACCCAGCAUGUACCAUAGAAAUGCUGAAGAUCCUCGAGGACGAUCCAAUGGUGGGAGGUGUUGGUGGAGACGUACAGAUCCUUAACAAGUAUGACUCAUGGAUCUCCUUCCUGAGCAGCGUACGCUACUGGAUGGCCUUCAACAUCGAGCGGGCCUGCCAGUCCUACUUUGGAUGUGUCCAGUGUAUCAGUGGCCCUCUGGGAAUGUACAGGAACUCUUUGCUUCAGCGCUUCUUGGAGCCCUGGUACCACCAAACCUUCCUAGGCUCCAAGUGCAGCUUUGGCGAUGACCGCCACCUCACCAAUCGGGUGCUCAGCUUCGGCUACAAGACAAAGUUCACAGCGCGAUCGCAGUGCCAGACUGAAACACCAACCCAGUACCUACGUUGGCUCAACCAGCAGACUCGAUGGAGCAAGUCUUACUUCCGCGAGUGGCUCUACAAUGCCCUGUGGUUCCACAAGCACAGCCUCUGGAUGACCUAUGAGUCAGUGGUCACCGGCUUCUUCCCUUUCUUCUUGGUUGCCACGGUCAUCCAUCUCUUCUAUCGUGGAAGGCUAUGGAACAUCCUUCUCUUCUUAUUGACAGUCCAACUGGUUGGAAUGGUGAAGGCCACCUACGCCUGUUUCCUGCGUGGCAGCCUAGUCAUGAUCUUUAUGUCCCUCUACUCCUUGCUCUACAUGUCCAGCUUGCUCCCUGCCAAAAUAUUUGCCCUGCUCACCAUCAACAAGGCCGGGUGGGGCACUUCAGGCCGCAGGAAGAUUGUGAUCAACUUCAUUGGUGCUGUGCCUGUCACAGUGUGGGCUAUGGUGCUGCUUGGAGGUGUGGCGUAUACAGUCUACUGUGAAACACAGGAGCCAUUUAGUGAGACAGAGAAAGUCUUGUUGAUAGCAGGGACGAUACUCUAUGCCUGCUACUGGCUCAUUCUGCUGGUGCUCUACCUGGCAAUCGUAGCCAAACGGUGCAACAAGAGGGAAGAGCAGUAUCACCUGCCAUAUGCAGAGGCAUAAACCUGCUACCAGAGAGACUGGUAGGACAUUCACACCAAAUUUCACUGCAGUAUGACUCCAGCAACGUCUCUGCUGCUGUGAACUGCUCAAAUGAUGAGCUGUGAACCAUGAACGCGCUCACAUCUUCAUCAUUGGUGCUAAAAAGGUGUGAAUCUCAAAUUUGAGCAGCAGGAAUCUAGUCCAGUCCAGGGAGACUCAGUGAUGACUGGAUCCACAGAGCUCUCCCAUUCAUAUCAUGCUCAAUGGUGCUUCACAUUGAAAAACCAAACAUAAGGGAACUGAUCCAGUUUAUAAGGUGUUCAUACACUAUAUGUAAUAGUGACAUGCUCAGAAGAACAUUACGUAGUUUAGCUGUAAAGCUGUGACAAAGGGGUGCAGAGUGUUUUUUUCAUGUCCUCAGUAAAAAAAGUGAUGGAACUACACUUUUAUAAUAAGCAACAAAUACAUAAAAUAGCAAAGAAAUUCUUUUUAGUCCAAGCACCUCUAUUUAAGAUAAGAAGAGGCAACCUCAGAUUUAGACAUUGGAGUCUAUCAUUAAGGUGUUCAGACAGAAUGCAAAGCAAAUGUUAGAAGUGGUACAAUUGCCUACAGAGUCAAUUGGAAGAGCUGACUGGGUAUGAAUAGAUGCAAGUUGAAAAUGUGUCAACUUGAGCAUAAAAAUAUGCAUUGAUCUCUGCGCUUUAUGAAUCUACUUUAUAAAAGCAGCAGGACAAGAGAGUAAAGGAGAGAGACUGAUGGGAAAAACUGAAAGAUAUUGGUGAAUUUAGAGAGAUUCGUCAAAGGUGACACACACACACACACACACACACACACACACACACACUGUGCAUGCUGAGUUCCUGGCCAGCUACAGUUUGUACAGGUGGUACAUUAACUGUUUGUGAACAAUAAAUAAGGACUGUUUUUACAGGUUUAGCAGCCAAAUUCAUGUGAAAAAUUGGUUUGUGUUCUGUCUCAACACAACAUAUAGUAUAGGUUAGAAUUUCUACAAGUCUUGAUACAAUACUCACAUGCCAUAUUUACUUUCAAGAGCUUGCUGUAAUCAUUCCUUGACAUGCUGGCAAAGAAGUGAUGUCUUUUAAAAAUGUGUCCUUUAAAAUUCCAUAAUGAGCGGCAAAAGUAAUACAUUACAUUACUUGUUACAUUACUUUCAUUUCUCAGCCCAGCCCUAAAUCCUUUACACCCAUACUUUGCAUUUUACUUUAUGUAUUUUAAACAUGUAGGAAUAGAAAGUGAGACAUUGUGGUGGACUAUAAAAAAAUAUAGACGUAGCUCACCCAUUGGUUUGUGGACUCCUGUUCUGAAGUCGUGAGUUUGGCAUUUCAUCUGUUGCUAUCUUGUUUUUUUUGGCGCCAAAAGUGACCAUAUUUGGGCGAAGGGCUGGCACUGUGGGGGAGCAAGGAGUGGAUCUGAAUGAGAAACCAGAGCAUUAUUGGCAGAGAGCCUGUCCCUCAAAGCUGCCCACUCUUAUUUAUGGGCAACUUUAAGCCUAAUAAAAUGUAAACAGGUUUGUUAUAUACAAAUUCAGCCCCUGUACAGUUGUCAUGAGUGGGGACAUUAACUACAGAGACCAAAAGUGUUUUUUGUGCCAGGCUGUAAACAUGUUUAUUUUUUCUAGGGACCAUUCAGAGAACUGCAGUUUUUGGCACUUCCAUGUUGGCUUCAUUUUUCAGCCCUGCAGGUUGCCGUUUGGGUUUGCAAACAGCCCAACAACUUUGGGGGAUUUAAUGGCUUCGCCUCCAGCCUGGUCUAAUUCCCAGGACAUCAAAAUAUGCCACUUGGGCAGUGUUAGCGUCUGUAUGUGAUGCACUGAGUUUUAACCAACUCCAAUGUACACCCUUCCGUGACAUUAUUAGACUUUCAGAGCAAUGGACGUAAUAUAAAGGGUGCAGAUGUCUGCUUAGGGCGGGUAGGAGAGGAGGUGGCUGGGUCCAACAAACACAGGACUUUCACCCAGGAGACCAGAGUUUGUGUCCCAUGUGAAACUAAAAGGCAACGUUAAGUUGUUUUGUCACAUCUGUUGUUAGUCUCAUGAGAGUCAUCAUCAGUUGACUCACAUGACUAAUGUCAACCAUGUUUUUUCCUAACCCGAAACAAGAAGUUUUGUUGCCUAAACCCCUUCUUGGUCACAUGAGUUGACUCAUAUGACUUACUGCCGACCCCUUCUGCCUCAGAUACAAUGCAAAAGGCUGCCCACUGGCAUAAUUAUACUGAUGGGAGGGGCUUCUGCUCAAGUGUCAAAACAUGAGAUCAUGUUUUAGCCUUGGUCACUGUUCACAGCCUCCUAGAGGCCCCAAUCUUAGCUAUACAGUUCUCACAUGCUGAAACUUUAUUUGUGUUGCCUGAACUUUGGCUUACCAACAUUCCUUAUCUACCUGUUGCAAGCCAGCUAAGAGGGCACAUGUAAUGUUGUGUUUGCACCAGGCGCAAAUAAACAAUUCACACAAGUGUAUUACAUGUAAAAUCAAUGUAAAGACGCAAUUAGAUGCCAAUUCUCGGCAGGCGGUGCAAUGGAUGUGACACGAAAUAGGCGAAUUAAGUGGUGUGAAUGAAGCGAGUAGCGUGUUUUUGUAUCAUACGCUUAUGCAAAAGAGUUGAAAAAUCGGAACUUUAUUGACCGAUUAGUGCUGCGAUAGCCUAUCAGCAUUGGGAUCCUGGGACAUAUGACACUGAGGACAUGCCAGUGGAAGUUCUUCAAUUGAUUCAGCGAUUUUACGCAUGUAUGAAGCGAGUCAACACAGCAUUCAACUCAUGCGAGUAACACAGUGUGAAAAUUCGCAUAGCAUUUGGUAUGAACACAACAGAAAAGAUACAACUUGGGAAUAACUGGAAGCCACAUUUCUUGUUACCAGAAGUCGCAUUUCUCUUCAGGUAGAGGCUAACUGCCUCCCUCACCCACAGUCGCAACACUUUGUCACUUCUAACUCGACAAAUACUGACAUUUGUUCAGUGGCCCUAGUUGUCAAACUAUAAGGUACCCCUGCAGCAUCAGUUUUGGACACUCAGGGACGGUGUGUCAGUUUACUUGUGCAUGCUUGUUACAUGUAGUGUCUUUUCAAAAUAAACUUCCAUUUUUACAGAAGAUGUAUAGUUUCCACUUGUUAAAUGCACACAGUCUCUUUUCAAAAUAAACUUCCAAUGUUGGUUUACUUCCUUAGGUUUAGGCAACAAAAGUAUGUGGCUAGGUUUAGCAAAAGACAUCAGUGUUCGGCUUAAAAUAAGUACAUUGUUGCUAACAUAACGUAACAUAAAGUGGCAUACACCACUAGUGUACUAUGCUACGUUUUUAUUAACAAAACUUGGUUGACAGUUUAUUUCACGUGGGACACUAACAGCAGUCUUCUGGGUGAAGGUCGGGAGUUUGUUUCACCCAUCCACCUCUCCUGCCGCUCUCCCAAUGCAUAUUUUCUAAGUCUUUAUAUUAUGGAGAAGUUGCUCGGAGCGUUAGAAAAUGAUGCCACCUGUAGCGUCUCAUACUGACGUUAAGAGUGGCUCAGUGCAUUGUGUCUGAUGCCAAGGGCCAUUGACACUGUGCCAAUCUAGCAAGUCUAUGGUCUGUCUCCUAACAAAAUACUACAGAGAACAAACUGAUAUUAACCCUCCAUCAAACUCCUACUAAGACAGUGAGCACGCUGAAUCCAAAAGGCUGAAGGCUUAUUUUUGGUUCCAAAGGUACCAUACCGAAAGUGUUUGGGGGAAAUAGGGCUUAAGAAAAGCGUUUCUGCCAAAAAAUGAAUAUGAAGCUUCAGCAUAUUGAGGGUAUUUUCCUUUAUGAAAUUCCCUCUUUGUUUCAGUUUUGUGAACAAUAGCUAAGUGAUACUUCUGGGGAUACUUUCUCUCUACUUUCUGGGGAUCUCUCACAGUGUAUUCACGUUAGGAAGAUAUUACUACACAGCCAGUAUGGACAGGAGGAAUGAUUACUGUGACCUAAAACAAUAUGCAUAUGGGUAAUACACUUCUUGUAACUGGAUGUAAUGGUGUGGAUGUCUUCAGGACAGUGACUGAGACAGUUUGUGUGUUUAUUCCUCAGCUCUGAGACCAGCCCUCAUUUACUCUCAUCAGCCAUGAACAGCACAAUCAUCUGCUCUGCAGUGUUUGGUGAAACAGCUGCGUUUUACCAGAACAGACAAUCUAAUGUUUCUGAACAUGUGACAUGCAGAUUUUUUUUUUUUUUUUUGGUGUUUGCUGUUUUGAUGCAUUGUCAAAUGAGUAAUUUAUUGUUGUACAUUGUGGUCCAACUCUCAGUUUACAGUCACCAGUGGGUCGUAGUUUCAUUCAGUGUUUCAGAGGUUUUUUUAUAUGGUCACUUUUAUACAUUGUAAAGGCGUCAAAUUGUGUAAUAGUAAAGUUUUACUACAGGACACUAUUCUCUUAACUUUGGACGUGUGUCCUUUUACACUAGAUGUAGACUUUGUUGUUUCAUUCCAUCAACAGUGUAAAGACUGAAGACCAAAGACAUUUUUUUCUGAAAUGAGAGCUUUGCUUUCACUGUUUUUCUUUUCUUUUUAAAUUUUUCAUAAUUCCGAUCAAACAGAUUUAGUUUUAAAAGGUAUGUUUCAGAAUCAAAACACCAAGUCCAUUUGUGAAGUGUGAGCACCAUCAGCAUAUCUGUGCCUACACUGACAGAUGCCUUUUUUCUUCCAGCAGUGGAUAUUUCCUCUUUGUGCCAUUUAAGUUAUGUUCAUAUUGUUUUAUUUUGGGCAGGCUGCAUAAGUUUAAACUUGAAAGUUAAUAAAAGGACACAUACAUGAAAAGGAAAUUGUGUUAAUAAGCUUGGUUCGCCUUUCUGACAGUCAGCAGGCGGUGUGAGAGGUCUUAUUUCUGGUCAUCACAAGAUACUGGAAUUUUCCUAAGUCAUUAAAAAUGCUUCCUGUUUUUGACACAAUCCUCCCAUUUAUUCCAAAUAGAGAAUGUCUUCAUGGUUUGACUGCACUGACAUUUUCCCCAUGCUAUUUUUCUCACUGUAUUGUAUAUUCACCUAAAAAAAAGAAAUACA